AUGGAGUUAAUUAAAAAAGUACAACAGCAAAAGGAAAAGGAAAAGUACAACAGCAAAAGGAAAAGGAAAAGUACAACAGCAAAAGGAAAAGGAAAAGUACAACAGCAAAAGGAAAAGGAAAAGUACAACAGCAAAAGGAAAAGGAAAAGUACAACAGCAAAAGGAAAAGGAAAAGUACAACAGCAAAAGGAAAAGGAAAAGUACAACAGCAAAAGGAAAAGGAAAAGUACAACAGCAAAAGGAAAAGGAAAAGUACAACAGCAAAAGGAAAAGGAAAAGUACAACAGCAAAAGGAAAAGGAAAAGUACAACAGCAAAAGGAAAAGGAAAAGUACAACAGCAAAAGGAAAAGGAAAAGUACAACAGCAAAAGGAAAAGGAAAAGUACAACAGCAAAAGGAAAAGGAAAAGUACAACAGCAAAAGGAAAAGGAAAAGUACAACAGCAAAAGGAAAAGGAAAAGUACAACAGCAAAAGGAAAAGGAAAAGGAAAAGUACAACAGCAAAAGGAAAAGGAAAAGGAAAAGUACAACAGCAAAAGGAAAAGGAAAAGGAAAAGUACAACAGCAAAAGGAAAAGGAAAAGGAAAAGUACAACAGCAAAAGGAAAAGGAAAAGGAAAAGUACAACAGCAAAAGGAAAAGGAAAAGGAAAAGUACAACAGCAAAAGGAAAAGGAAAAGGAAAAGUACAACAGCAAAAGGAAAAGGAAAAGGAAAAGUACAACAGCAAAAGGAAAAGGAAAAGGAAAAGUACAACAGCAAAAGGAAAAGGAAAAGGAAAAGUACAACAGCAAAAGGAAAAGGAAAAGUACAACAGCAAAAGGAAAAGGAAAAGUACAACAGCAAAAGGAAAAGGAAAAGUACAACAGCAAAAGGAAAAGGAAAAGUACAACAGCAAAAGGAAAAGGAAAAGUACAACAGCAAAAGGAAAAGGAAAAGUACAACAGCAAAAGGAAAAGGAAAAGUACAACAGCAAAAGGAAAAGGAAAAGUACAACAGCAAAAGGAAAAGGAAAAGUACAACAGCAAAAGGAAAAGGAAAAGUACAACAGCAAAAGGAAAAGGAAAAGUACAACAGCAAAAGGAAAAGGAAAAGUACAACAGCAAAAGGAAAAGGAAAAGUACAACAGCAAAAGGAAAAGUACAACAGCAAAAGGAAAAGUACAACAGCAAAAGGAAAAGUACAACAGCAAAAGGAAAAGUACAACAGCAAAAGGAAAAGUACAACAGCAAAAGGAAAAGUACAACAGCAAAAGGAAAAGUACAACAGCAAAAGGAAAAGUACAACAGCAAAAGGAAAAGUACAACAGCAAAAGGAAAAGUACAAUAGCAAAAGGAAAAGUACAACAGCAAAAGGAAAAGUACAACAGCAAAAGGAAAAGUACAACAGCAAAAGGAAAAGUACAACAGCAAAAGGAAAAGUACAACAGUAAAAGGAAAAGUACAACAGUAAAAGGAAAAGUACAACAGUAA